AAAUACAAUAUAGUGAUAACAACUGUCCGUGACGCCAGGGUUUCGAUUUUUUGAAUAUUUCUCUAUAGGUAUUAAUUAAUAUAUAUUGUAAAACUCAUCGCUGUUUUUACUCUUGGAAUUAGAUUUUCAUUCGUUCCUCGCAAAUUGUCAUAAUGCGCUGCAAAACUUAUCAACGACAAAUCGUAUUUAGUUUUCUCGACAAGUAUUGAACGAGCACGUCCGACCAGAGUGAAACCGAACUAUGUAAUAUUAUGAUUUAAGUCUGCAACGCAAUUUUCUGCAAAAGUUAUUGAAUUGGCGUGUUCAUCUUUUAUUAUUAUUAUCGCAAAUCAUGAGCAUGACAUACCAACAAUUUGUCGAGUACGCUACAGAUUUAAAAAAUCAUUCGGACUCGAUAGAUGGCGGUUGGAAUUUACGUCAACACCAAUGCCCAAUGAUUCUCUUAUGGAAGACAAAAUUUCCAAUUGUUUGUGAAUAUCAUAUAUUGUACAAUCCAAGUUAUUCAUGCCCAGAUGUAUUCUUUAAUAUGUGGUAUACUGAUGGAAAGUUACUUUCAUUAGAACAUGUAUGGUCUUUGGUGCAUUCUUUUUUAAAACAAAAUGUAGUCCAUGACAAGUGGAAUGCUAUAACUCAAGAGAUGCAUCCAUUUUUUAAUUCACCAUUUUUCAGAUUACACCCUUGUAAGAAUACUCAUGUUUUGGAAAUGUUAGGUUUUUCUUCAAAAAAUAUCUAUGAGUUCAAUCCCCUAAUAGCAUGGUUAAGUACUAUUAGUCCUAUAAUUGGUUUGGAAAUAGACUUAUCAUAUGGAAACCGAAGGCUCAAAAGUUAAAUUUACUUAAUUUGUGUUUUAAUUAAAUUUUAAAUUAGUCAUUAAAAUUAUUAUUAAUGAAAUA